AUGCUAGGCACUCGGGGGAGCGUGUCUUUCAUUCCAGAGCAGUUGAGGACCCCGAGCUGCCCGGAUGUGCCAGUCACCGGACACCCAGAUUCCAUACCAGAAUCAAGAAAGACAGGUGAGACUCCCCCGACUUAUAUUGGGCUACCUCAAGGUACGGGUGGAUACCGAAUACCGACGACUAUGUAUGGGUUUCAGUGGUCCUGUCUUGGCCCCAUCCAAGGUUCGACUUUGACCUCUGAGCUUCAGUUGGAGCUUGGCGUCCUUCCGGCGGGCUUCGGACUUCUUGAGCCCUUGGUGUUGAGUACCGUCUAUCCAUUCGGAGUACUGGCGUGGAACGACUUGAUAUGGUUCUUGGCGAAUGGAAAGGCUCUCUGCGACUGCAGCGUUGGACCUGGGCUUUCCCUUUCUUUUCCGCCUCACAUUACAUGCAGAGCAAGCAGAUAUGCCAUUCAAAAGCUCUGCAAGUCAUUCCAACAUCCACACCUCGGCCCCUCUACGGAUACAGUACCACGAUCACGUCGGAACCCACGAUUCAAUGACUUGCAUCACUUUACUGCCCAGAGACGCCGGGGGCCAGGAGCGUGCGCAGAAGACCGCCCCAACGCAAAGGGAAAAGCAAAAGCAACGACGAAGGAUCUCCGGCAAGCGGCAAGCGAUCCAUUUAUUUGGUAA